AUGCCUCCAAAACCUAAAAAUAAAAAAGAUGACGAUUAUGUUCCUGCGUCCGACAAGGAAGCAGAAGUGGGGGAAAGUAAGGAUGAUCCUAGCACUUCGGUUCCUACUGAGGAAAGAAAGUUAACCGCCAAAAAAAAAAAAAAAUCGAGACAACGAAAAGGUGAUAAAGAGUAUAAACCGUCCGGCACCGACAGUGAAGAACCUGAAGGGGAACAAAGCUCUAGACAUCAAUCACCCAGUUCAAGUUCGAGCUCCGAUGAUUCAGGAAGUUCCUCUCGUUCUCCUUCCCCAGGCGGAUCAAAGGAAAAAAAAGGUACUCGUGGUAAGUCAAGGAAACGAAGGCGCGCUCGUCGUCAGAAAAUUUUUAAAUUUUCAACUUCUCUGGGUUAUGUACACAAAAAUAAAGUCGUUAUUCCAAAAAUUAUAGUGAGAAAUCCGACCAAAAAAAGUGCCAAAGGUAAAAAAGAAGAAAAAUUGGAUAAGGAAAAACUAGCCCCUCCCACUCCCGUUAAAAAAAAUCGAAAGAAGGGUAAAGAACAGGCAACCGGAGACGAUGACCAACCUGCUGAACUUGACGAAUUGUUGGCUUCUUUUCCUCCUCCCUCCUCUUCAAGGCCUAGCGUUUUUAAUAAAAACGUUGCCAUGAUCGGUGCCCUUAACAUUCAAGCGUUUGGAACUAAAAAGUCUUCUAAUCAUAUACUCAUGAGAAUAAUUACCGAUAUCCUCCGAUUUUACGACAUUAUAUUAUGUCAAGAGAUUCGCGCAUCCGAUGAAAUCAUUCAACAACUCGCUAAUGAAGUGUCCACACCAGCCACACCGUACGACUAUGUGGCUAGUCACCCUAUCGGACGAAACUCAUAUCAAGAGAGAUACGUAUUCUUAUAUCGAAAAAAUGAGUGGAAAGUUUUGGAGGCUUACGUUGUCGACGACGACAAGUUGGGAGACAAAUUUAUAAGAGAGCCUUAUGUUGCCAGAUUUCAACAUUUAAAAAAGUCUAAUGUUAGAAUUACACUCGUUGGAUGUCACACUCAACCAGAAAAGGCAUAUGAAGAGAUCAAAGCCUUAGUUAGCGAAGUUUAUGUUGACGUUAAAAAGAAAUUAGUACGUGACAUCGUCCAAGAAAAAAGGCAGCUGGAAAAAGGACCCGAAAAAAAAGAAAAGCGAUUUGCAGGACUACGUUCAUUUUUCAUGCAGUAUUGUUGUUGCUGUUUUGGAUCUUCACCCAUUUCUACGAGAGAUUUUACCGAAGAAGCGUCCCAAAUGGGACUUUCAAAAGAUGGUACCACAAAUGAACCUAUUGUAACUUUGGGCGAUUUAAAUGCUGCAGGAUCUUAUCUUAACAAAACGCAACGCACGGAAAUUGAUAAUAUCUUGAAAGAGCACAAUUUGAUGUGGGGAAUCCAACAUAAUAGGGAUACCACCGUGUCUGAUGGAUCAGAUGCAGCAUACGAUCGAUUUAUUUUUGAGGUCGCUAAUGAGCGCAAAUGGAUUGGUCAAACUGGAAUAUGGAGAUUUGACGAAGGCUGGACGAAGGGAAAAGCUGAUACCGCUAUAAUUAAAAAGGCCGCGAAACGC